CUAUGACUCCGUAUAUCUCUGUAGUAUGCCCCACGCCUUCUCUUGUUCCGAAAUGGCGGGCAGCUCGGCAAGUCGCCAAGGAUGCUAGUCGCCAAUUCACAGUCGCUGUGAAUCUCCAGAGCUGCGCACUCGGCAAGUCGCCAGUCGUCCCACCGCACACGACGGCACGCUCCCGGUCUGCACGGCCGCGCCCUUAUUAGCAGUAGCAAGCGGUCAAGGCCUUAGGCCCGAUUUGGCGAUUUCCGAUUGACGAUUGUCUUGCACUCUAACCACUCUUGCUCCAGCCGCCGCUCCGAUACUCGGCUAUCAGUAGAGAUGGUUGAUUCGCUUGUGAGGGUUGCGUUGUAAACACAGCUUUUCCGCCUGAAGCCUCCAAAUCGCUGGAGCUGGCCCUGAAUUGACGACCUAGCUCUCUACCGACAUAUAUUCGCCUCCUUGCUUCUCCCUCUCCGUUUCCCUCGCCAUCCAUGCCGGACGUCUCUUAACCAUCCAAACACAGCCCAAUCUCUGCCCCUAUCGUCUCCCCAUCAGUUCGGACGAAGCCUCUGGCACGCCGUGUAACAGUUUGACGUUGCGGUAAAGAGGUCAAACAUAGAAGCCUAGAAGGUGUUGUUGAGAUUUGGAGAGAUGCACCAAAAUCAAAGACCGAAAUGAGUGUCUCAUUUGCUACUGAGCCAGUCGACCCGCGAUGCGUGCACACACAAUCCAUCAAAACCGGUGCCGCAGCCACUAACCGCGGGGCGCUCAACAAUCUCAUCACCAUAUACUCCAAGUCUGGCUGUCGCUCCGAAGCCGUUCGCAUAUUCCAGUCCAUCCCCACCCCCAAUGUUGUCUCAUGGACUUGCCUCAUCUCCACCUUUCAUGACUCAUUCCUCUCCUUCCACCACUUCCUUUCCAUGCUCCGCCACCCAGGCCGUAUCCUGCCCAACAACCGUACUUUCGCCGCCCUCCUUAAAACUUGCGCCUCCCUUUCCGCUUUCUCCUUUGGGAUCCAGGUUCACUCUUUUGCGCACAAAUUGGGUCUCUCCUCUGAGCCUUUCACAGCCUCUGCACUCGUGUCUUUUUACUGUAAGAUGAGGUUUCUUGACAAUGCCCAGAAAGUGUUUAAUGAAACACCUGAUAAGGAUGAGGUCUGUUUCUCGUCAAUGAUUGUUGGUUUGGCUCAGAAUUGUAGAGCCAUUGAGGCUUUAUCUCAUUUUGUCGAGAUGAAGAGGAAUGGGGUGGCAUCUACUACGCACAGUGUUUCAGGGGCAUUGCGGGCAGCUUCAGAGAUGGCUAUGUUUGAGCAAUGCAGAAUACUUCACGCGCAUGCAGUAAUUACGGGUUUGGAUUCAAAUGUUGUUGUUGGUAGUGCUAUGAUUGAUGGGUAUGGGAGAUGUGGGCUUAUAAGGGAAGCUCGUGCCGUGUUUGAUGGACCGGGAAUUUUGUUGAAUGCCGUUGGGUGGAGCACACUUAUGUCAGCGUAUGCGCAACAAGGAGAUUUCAACAGCGUGGUUGAGCUUUUCGGGUCAAUGCUAAGUCAAGGUAUGCAGCCUGAUCAGUACAGUUUCCUAGCGGUGUUGACUGCAUUUUGUCACUCCGGGAUGGCGGAAGAGGCGGAACGAUGGUUUAGAAGGAUGCAGGAAGAUCACGGUUUGGAGCCAUGGCUCGAGCACUACACAUGUUUGAUAUAUGCUAUGGGUAAAGCCGGGCAACUGGAAUCAGCUGAGAUGGUUGCCUCGACAAUGCCGUUCAAGCCAGACGCGGCUGUGUGGCGUGCUCUAUUGUCAACAAGUGCAUACCACGGGAAGACUGAUAUGGCAUGGAAGAUGAGAGACAGGUUGUUGGAGAUCAACCCUAAUGAUGACUCAGCUUACGUCCUUUUAGCGAAUGCAUUCGCAAGUGCAGGUCGGUGGGAUGAGGUUAAGCAUGUGUGGAAGGCAAUGAAGGAGAAGGGGAUUAGGAAGGAAGGCGGGAGAAGUUGGAUUGAGUUACACGGACAGAUUCAUGUUUUUUUGGCAGAGGACAGAACACAUGUGAGGAGGGAUGAGAUUUAUGAGAAGUUGGGAGAGUUGAAGGGAGAGAUUGAGAAGCUUGGGUAUGUCCCUGUAUGGAAUGAGAUGUUGCAUGAUGUAGAUGAGAAGCAAAAGACAGAAGCACUCUGGUAUCACAGUGAGAAGCUAGCCCUGGCAUUUGGACUAUUGAGUGGAUCAACACCUCCCGGUAAACCGCUGAGGAUAGUGAAGAAUUUGAGGAUAUGCAGGGAUUGCCAUGAAGCUUUCAAGUAUAUUAGCAGACUAGUAGAGAGGGAGGUAAUUGUUAGGGAUGCAAAUAGAUACCAUACAUUCUUGCAUGGCAGUUGUAGUUGUGGAGAUCACUGGUAGUCUGGUAGGUAACCUAUGACGCUCGGAAUCUCUUACGGAGUCAUUUUCACAUUUCAGAAAUAUUUACGUAACCUUUAUUGCCACAGUUUUUCAUUCGAGGACAAUGCUUUUCGAAGUGUGUUGAUAUUUGCUCUGAAUCUUGACUCAUCUAUAAAUCAAGUAGAUGAGAUGAAUGUGUCGCUCCAGAGUAUUCCUUAUCUGAAUUGACGCUCAAUCGUCGAACUGGACAAGUACUUGAUCUGUUCUGCUCAAUUGGUGAAACUUAUCUGCAAGUGUGCACCAUGGUGUAUCUUCAUGCUUUUAUAGGGUUGGCAAUACUUUACACCUCUCCUACAGGAGUAUUGCAGCAUUAUCUUACUCUGAACAAUGUAUUUACUCACGGCGGCUUAGCUCUUCCAGAUCUAAUCUAGUAGGGCAAUAUAGUGGUUUUACCUGGAGUUAUUUGGUGGUUUCUUUGAAAGUCCUAUUGUUCUAUGAACUAGGUGGAUGAGAAAAUUGAAGGCUCCAAAUUUACACAGUUGUAAAGCAGUGCCUACUUGGUGUAAUUUUCAUUCUAAGAAGUUUGGUAGGAAGUUCAGAGGGAGUCAAGGGGCUGGCCUACCAAACCUAGCAUACAGCUAGAUUAUCAAGUGCAGGGCUGCUGCUAAAUAGUAAAGCUUAAUUUGCCCAAAUCUUUGUAUAUGAUGAGUGCACUGGAAGGGCAUUGCUCUUCAGGAUUGCAGGUAGCUGCAAUGGCAUUCAACACAGAUGAUCCUUCAUGCGAAGCUAAGGCUUUAUUAGCAGUCCACCUUUGUUCCGAACAGAAAGGUGAUAGGGAGUUAGAGGCUGACUCUUCCUCUAGAGCUCUAUUUGAAAUUAUGAUUGGAAAGCCUCCUCCUUGUAGAGGUUUGUUUGGUGCUUGGGUGAAUCAUGGCCAGUUUGCAUCUCAAUUCUUGCAAGCCAAUCAUCUUGUGGGCCGGAGGGGCUAAUGUCAUAGUUGACAUCAUUCUUGCCUGCCUGGUUAGAUGCAUUUGGGGAUCACAUACGUUAAUUGAUUACUCUAACAAGGAGACUAGCUUUCUGUCAUACUUGGAAGGCCUGAAUUAAGGUUGGUGACAAUCUGUGCAAACCGGGUAUUAGAUUACACCCGAAGUAAGAUUCGAUUGUUUGGGUGGUGAGACAAAAUUAUUGAUUUUAUCUGAAUUGUUGUGUAUAUUUGUGUGAAUGCAUAUUUUGAUCACCUAAUUUUGUUUUGAUCUUGUGUAAUUAAAUCACCUAGAGGGUGUCAUUCGAGUAAUAUUUUACAAGCAUAAUUUUAAUAUUUCAUUUAUCCCAAAUAGAAUUGUAAUUUGUGGAUUUUAAGGAUGAUUGAUGGUAAAAUAAAAC